CAUCGAUCCUCAUCACCUCGUCUCUCGAACUGCCAGUCGGGUUACCAGGACAUGGACGGAGUUGUUUGAGUGCUGCAAUCGUUGGCCCGAGCCGCAAUGUUCAUUGCCUUUCCUCCUUCUUUCCCGUCUUCAAGUUCUGCGCCGUGCAAUUCUUUGAAAUAUGGUGGAAGCUGUCGCCGGUCCGCCAACUCCACUCAGGAAAACACCUCGUGUGCCGGCUCAUGACGAGAAUGGUCAAAACGAAGCCUCUCCCGUAAUCUUUCAAACACCAGGGCCUUCGCCUUUUUCCGUGAACGGUUCCGCCGAUGUUCCUUCUACUCGGCAGUCGAAACGAGUCAACUUCUCUCCAUACCCGAGCCAUGUCAUACCGCCAUCAGUCGCCAGUAUUGCGAUGAAUUCGAAAUCAGACCUGAAGACACUAACGCCGUCGAAUGAACGCAAGCCCUCAAAGUCCAUCCUCAAGUCGACGAACACGCCGGUUCCCGUGAACACCGCCGAAAGCGAACCUGUGACCCCCGGAAAUUUCAUCAUGCUGCUACACUCUAUUGCAGAACAACUCCGGGGAGAGUCUACAACUGCGAAACUCGACGCUUAUAUGCAUUUCUUUGGGGUACUGAGGACAUACGAAGGGGUACCGACACUGCAAGAAGUAUCGGAGAAACUGGGCGUGAUAACAGACUACAUGCGGAAGGAUGUCACCAGGGAUCUUGAAAAUGCGGCACCAGUGGACAUCAAUCUUGUCUGCCAGGCUCUAAAACUGUCUGCGGCUCUCAUCUGGCACACCGAGAUAUCCCGGCAGCUGUCGGAUGACUUCAGGGCUUUUCUGGUCGAUCACUCCAUCGAUAGGCUUCACGAUGCCAAGGUGCCCAAGUCCGUAUUGAUCCAUUGCAUGUCUAUUCUAUCCAGUCAGAAUUUCGGCUCGAAAAUUAUGAACAAUGCACGUCUGACACGUCUGCUCAAUGGGCUACGCGAUAUCAGUGACAGAGUGAACGGGAAUGGAAUUGUCUCGCAGCGGUUGUGCAUCUACCAUCGUCUCCUCGAACAGUUCAGGUCAUUUUUCAUUUCUCAGGCAGCUCUAUGGAUGGAGCAUCUUAUUUCUGGACUGCUUCAUCCCGUCAAAGACACAAGAAUCAAAUCGAUUUCCCUCGGCUCACAGUUAUCUAAGAUCGCUGGGCCCAAUGCAACGCUAUCCAAGACUAUCCGUGAGAUAUUCGACAAGCCACUCGGCAAGAGCAAAAAGCUAGUGUCUGAGAUUUGCGAGAGAAUGUCUCGGAUGAUGGCAUCUACCGACACCAGCUCCCAUGUUCCUCAAAUUUGGACCGUCAUUGUUUCCCUUCUGAGAUCCAGAGCGUUGAACAUUGACCAAUGGGAGCAUUUCAGAGAAUGGGUCCUCGUUCUCCAGAAGUGUUUCAAUUGCAGCGAUGCGGCAAUCAAGGCCCAAGCUAUACUUGGGUGGAACCGGUUUGUCGUCGUCGUCGGCCCUAAUGAAGCGACCAACCCGUCAGUGAUCAAAAUGCUGAGCAAGCCCAUCUUCUCCCAAUUUGAACGAAAAAAGCAGGAGAAAAAUGGAACAUAUCCGAACCAAUUGGCCGUGUCUAGUUACUUCAACCUCUUAUAUUUUUCUUUCCAUCCAACCGCCACUCACUCAUUCCUUGACACGGUCUGGCAGGAUUACAUUGCUUCUCCUUCUUCCACUAUAUUUUCCUCGAAUUCGACGCUAAGCAACCAUGUUGCACAUGCUCUGUCAUACAUGCUAUGGAGCUCGCAUACUAGGGUUUGGACAGAAGCCACAAUAAGCCAAUGCACCAAGUUCGACCCUAGCUUCUUGCCGGCACUCGAGUGUAAGUGGACCAGAUCGCGUAUCACGUCGGUUCUCAAAGUCUUCGAGAAUCUCUUCAAGUCAGCGCCUUGGACAGAUGGACAGCCCGGGCAAUCAUAUAUCGCAAAUGCCUGGGGCAGCCUCUCGAACGCCUUGUCCUAUGCUUCGAGCAAAGAGAUCACACCGACGCCGGAGUCAAUGCAGGCUGUUGCCGCAGUACUUGGGCUCCUUCAGCGCUUAUGGAAGUCUGGACCAUCGUCACUUAACGCAGCUGGCAACUACGAUACAUUCUUUGAGCGGUUCUGUUUUCUGUCUACUAAGAUCAUCUCAGAUCUUGGAAGCAUCCCAUUUACCGAGAAACUUCUUUUGAAGACAUCUGAUGAAACAUUUCAAACCGCUACCACACCCACACACCGCGGUCAACGGGGCGACUCAAACAUAAACACCCCUAUUGUGCAUUUAUUGCGCCUGGUCAGCGAUAUUUCUGGUGUUAACGAGCCAACUCAGUCUUACUUGGACUUGGUUAAUGGCACGCUUGAGGCCUUCUGUGACGGAAAAGAGACCAGAGGUUCACGCCUGGAUCUCCUUUGUCAGUGUGUGGACUUACAUCCCAGCGAAACCAAUUCUCAUUCUGCGCAACAUAAGUUUGACCAGGUUGUCUGGGAAUGCACGGCACAAUUUGCUAUGGAUGCUUUGUACCGUCUGAAAGAGUCUAAUCGUGCACCUUCACCACGCGACUACGAAAGUGUUGUCAAGAUUCUCUCCGCGGGUUUGAAAUUUGCCGAUGUUUCUCAAUUUUGGGGCCAACUCCUUGGCUCGUUUGCUCAUGCUACGAGGACUGAAAAAGACGACCAGGCAAUUAAAACGAUGGUCCUCGAGCCAGUUGCUGAGGCUGCGACGCAAUUCCACAAUCGACUUGUUUACACGCCUUCCAUUUCACUAUUACUACUUCUUCUGUCCGUGUCAUGUGAACGCCCGGACAUCUCGCAGACCGACGUAAGCCAUGGGUUGCAUCUUCCGAAGAAGCUUCAGACGCUGGUCCACGAAACACUCAGAGAGUCCUAUGGGGCCUUUGACCCAGCGAGCAGUGCAGGCGCUGCGCCCUUUAUCGAAUCCCUUGCAUCUUUCCUGGAGUCCGGGGAUCUGAAUUUCCGGUCCAUGGUUCUUGAAAAGCUCCAAGGACCGCUUGUCCAGUGGUUAAAGGACGAAGUGCGCAAACUGGAUGCCGAAUCUGACGUAGGGAGUAGGCAUCUGCUUGCUUGUCGCGUGCUUUCAUCGGCUGUUCUAAAUAUCAUUCAGAUGUCGCUGUCCAAUAACCCCCCGUGUCUACAAAAGUUUGAGCCUAUCAUUUGCGGAGGCUUAGAGUCAUCCCAUGUUUCGAUAUCAAAGCGGUUUGUAGACAUGUUAAACACCAUGUCGAAAUCUGACGGAUCGCUUGUCUACAGCGAUUCUAUAUCGCGUGCUUUGCAGUUAUGGGAAUCGAAUAAUCGGAUUCAGCCACCAGCCUCCUCGCCGUUGGUUAAUGGCUCACAGGUCAAUAUCCAUACCCACGCGGCUAAUGGCAAUUCGGCCCCCGACUCACCCAAGCCACAUCAGACAUCUGAAAUUCCAGCUGUGGCUUCGCAUGAUUCAUCACCGGUUGUCAAGGUGGAUGGUACUACAAUGGUUUCGCCAGGAGGCCAAAACCAAUCCCCAUUGCCAGAGCAACGCCAAGCAGAUGAACUUGCUUUCAUGCAAGGCGCAAUACCGCUCUCAGCUGCGACCGCAUCACGCAAGAAGCGUGAGGAACUCUUUUCAAUGAUCGAGAACCUGCGGUCAUCGUCUCCUGCCAUCACGCCAAAGGAGCUCGGAUUCAUGACUCCUCCCCACCUGCGCAACUUCUGCAACGCUGGUCGCGAUGCUGAGCCUCCAUUGACGCCUACUCUUCCGGUCGCCGCAGCUGAAAAUGAGGACGUCUUCCUUGGCUCAUCCCCAACACCUAGUAUAAGAAACCGGCCACAGUCUUCCCAGGCAAGGCUCACCUCGUCUCAAAGGGGGAAGACACCCGACACCCAUGCCAAUACAGAUCCCCCGUCCUCUCCUCCCACCAUCAAGUCGCCGAGUCCAGACCGCCAAGAACCGCAACAGCCAGCGGAACAGGAGAACACGAUGAAUGAACUGACAAGUCCUCGCAAGUCUCCAAAAAAGAAAUCCAAGAAAGACCGCUCAAAUGCCAAUCCCUUGAAAGAAAAGCCCGUCAGCAAGCGGUUGCGCUCUUCGAAGAAGUCUACUCAGAACAAGCAAUCUUCGAAGAAGACGGAAUCAAACAUGCGAUUCGAGGAAGCUAGCGUAUCCACCCCGUCAGGAAUUCCCAACAAACUGCCUAGCACAGGCGGUGUGAGCAACACCAUUGCGGAGUCAUUCAACGAGGAGGUCAAUGAAGACGUGGAGUUCCAAGUUGCAUCUCAACUUGAGCUAGACUUGGAAAAUGCCGCGGAUCAUGAAGUGGAUACAAAGGACGAAUCAACAGAGCUCCCCAACAGUUUUCCCAUGGCGAAGAAGAGAAAGCGUGGUGUUGAAGACGUCCAAACUCCUAGGUCAGAGAAGCGCCGCUCGAAUCGCCUAACUUCUUCACAGUCAGCUGCCAUGGAUAUUGUUCCGGAACUGAGAAGCACACGCUCGACGAGGACCUCGGCCGUUGCUUCUCAACAUAAUGAUACUUCUCCCAAGUCGUCGCCGGCUCAAUCUGCUGGUAAGAGACGAAAGGAGCAAGAGAAGUUUGAUGUCGAGUCAACUGAACCAGCAAUGACAGAGCAGGAGCAGGUCGCAGGUAACUUUGAGAACAACUCUCAAAUGCCGGAAUACUCUCAAAACCGGAGAAGAUCGACUCGCCUUGGCACGGUUCCUGAGCAAUCUGCCGCGGAAGAAAGCCCUCGGAAGAAGUCUCGGAAUGCGAGACGCGCUCGUGCGCGCCAGGCCAACAGAGAGAACCGCCAGAAGAAUAUGGAUACCAGUCAGGAGACUCAAGAGACUAGUCAAGAAACCAGCCAGGAUGUGAGCCAGAUUCCGGACUCGCAUCCGCAGGAAGAACAAUCCUUUGCAGAAAGCGUCGUUGUACAGGAUACUGUUGGUCAGAAAGGAGAGAAAGAACCAAACUUUCCGGUUAAGCAGAACGAAGUCCAGGAACUGGAAUCUUCAAAGCCUACUUCUACAGAGCAGCUCGCUGAAAUCCAAUCCGACAUUGAAAUGAACCGGCCUGAGGUACAGCCGGAACAAUCCACCACACAGCCUGAUGUCGAAAUGGAAGACACAAUUACGGUUCCUAAAGUCGAAACCAGUGAACUAGCACAGGAAGAACAUUUCUUUGCGCAAGCCACCCAGCCCGAAGUGCCCACUGAAGCGCCCACUGAGAAGGACGCAGAUACCCCUCAAUCAGGCCUCAUCCGCUCAUUCGAGCAGUCACUGAACGAUCUCAAGUCCACCACCUUGGACGAAAACAGUCUCCGACAACUCGAUGAACUGCUAUUCAAGAUUCGAGUCGAAGCGCAUGAUGCGUUUCGGAGACAUACUGGUUAAGUUGCAUACAUGCAUAGCGAUGGCGUUGAUUAAGUCUUCUUUUUGUUUGAAUGUUUCCUAUUAGUUCCUGGUUAGACUUGGCUUUUGUUUCAUUUUGCAGCGCUGUUAGUUUCUUUUUCAUUUGUAUUUGUUUGCCUAAUGUUUCUGUUUGGGUACAAUUAUGGUGGCAUCAUGCUUAUACUUCAUAUGUUAUAUCCUGGGUUUGGAAAGGGGCUGUAUAUGGUAUACAUGAAAAGAUGCUAUAGACAAAUAUCAUGUUUUCAUUAAUUGGACAGCUGCUCUGGUAUACAUUUAUGGCCUCGGUUCUCUAUGCGGAGGUCGAGUUCUGUAUAUCAAUGUCAACUCAACCCUAC